UUUCCGACAGCACUUGAAGGCAGCAACAGGAGCUCAUCUGUUGGACAGGGAAACUAAUCAGCAGCCAAGUAAAGACUUUUCAGUACUGAAAGCUACAAGGAUAGCAAGCUGCGAAAGUCCGCCGUCCAGGGGAGGAAGGGAUACUAACUUUGUUAAUGAAGUGUCGUGUCUCAGUCGUACAACUCACAAACAGUCGAGCAAUGUUUUAGAAAGACAGUUUAGUUGCUCCGAGAGCCUCUGGCCAGCUGAAGCUUGCGGCUAGCUCAUUAACGUUAGCUGGGGGAAAGAAGCGCAAGUGGAGGCAAGAAAAUGGAGCUGGACGACGUAGUCCUGUAUCAGGACGACUCGGGCAGUUCUGCCAUGAUGUCCGAGCGGGUCUCAGGUCUGGCCAGUUCAAUAUACCGCGAGUUUGAACGGCUCAUCGAAAAAUACGACGAAGACGUAGUGAAAGAGCUGAUGCCGCUGGUCGUCGCCGUCCUGGAGAACUUGGACUCGGUGUUUGCUGUCAACCAGGAGCACGAAGUGGAACUGGAGCUGCUGAAGGAAGACAACGAGCAGCUCGUCACUCAGUAUGAGCGAGAGAAAGCACUGAGGAGAAACGCCGAAGAGAGGUACAUCGUCUUUGAAGACUCCCAGGAAGGAGAGAAGAAGGAUCUCCAGGGUCGGCUGGUGGUGUUGGAGUCACACACGCGUCAGCUGGAGCUAAAAGCAAAAAACUAUGCAGAUCACAUCAGCAGAUUGGAGGAGAGAGAGGCUGAGCUCAAGAAGGAGUACAACUCCCUUCAUCAGAGACACAAUGAGAUGAUCCACAGCUACAUGGAACACCUGGAACGAACUAAACACCAGCAUACACAGUCAGUAACAGAGCCCUCGGAUACAGGCCCCGCCACAUCAACCAGAACACGGAAGGAGCGUCCCAUAUCCAUGGGCAUAUUCCAGCUUCCUGGGACUGAUGGAAUGACCCCUGAUGUCCAGAGGGAACCUGUGGACACCCCAUCUGAACCCUGGAGAUUCAACAACCUUAGCCAUCCACGAUCCAACACAAGCCUCAAGGAUGAACUGGCCAAUUCGAACCGCAGAGGCUCCAAGUCCGGCACCCCAUCCAACCAAGGAAGUGUCUCAAAAAGUGGAGCUCCAGCAUCUUCACAAGGCGGAGCAUCCAAAUCCAACACGCCUAUGUCCUCUCAGGACGGUGCCUCUAAAUCAAACACCCCCACAUCUGCACACAGCGGUAGCUCUCAGUCCGCCACGCCGCUGCCUCCUCACGACGGAGCGUCCGCCGGUAUGAGUACCGUUUCCAGUCUGGGGGGCGGCUCAGCCUCCGCCGCGCCCCUGUCUGCAGCCGCUUCAGACGUUGCAAUGGAAUCCGUGGACACACCCCUGCAGGAUGAGGAAGGUUCAGACGGUCUCAACAAGAACCUGAACAGGAACAGCGGGAAGCCAGAGAGCAGUAAGAACAUCUCGGCGGUGCAGGAAGGACAGCAGGGUCAGCUCAGACAGGAGGGUCAGGACUCUGCCACCACACCUGUCAAAGCUGACGAUGGAACAGACAACCUGGAGAAGUCUGAGGUGCAGGCUAUCAUAGAGUCCACCCCUGAACUGGACAUGGACCUCGAUGGCUGCAGAGCCACAAGCACACCAGCUAAAGGCGGCAUAGAGAAUCUAGCAUUCGACCGUAACACUGAGUCUCUGUUUGAGGAGCUGUCGUCUGCAGGAAACGACCUCAUAGGAGACGUAGACGAAGGAGCAGACCUGCUGGGUAUGGGACGUGAAGUCGAACAUCUUAUCCAAGAGAACUCCCAGCUGCUGGAGACCAAAAACGCUUUGAACGUGGUGAAGAACGACCUGAUUGCACAGCUGGAUGAGCUGUCCUGUGAGAAGGAGGUCCUGCGAGGAGAGCUGGACGCCGUCACUCAGGCCAAGAACAAACUGGAGGAGAAGAACAAAGAAUUAGAAGAGGAACUCAAGAAGAUUCGGGCAGAGCUUGAGGACGGCAAACAGAAGACAAAGAUUGAGAAUGAGGACGACAGCGACGUGCCCACAGCACAGAGGAAGCGCUUCACCAGGGUGGAGAUGGCCAGAGUCCUGAUGGAGAGGAACCAGUAUAAAGAGAGGCUAAUGGAGCUGCAGGAGGCCGUCAGAUGGACGGAGAUGAUCCGGGCUUCAAAGGAGAACCCAGCUCUUCCAGAGAAGAAGAAGUCCAGCCUCUGGCAGUUUUUCAGCCGUUUAUUCAGCUCGUCGGGAGGGACGGCCAAGAAGCCGGCGGCGGAGGCCCCCGUGAACGUCAAGUACAAUGCACCCACCUCUCAGAUCCAGCCGUCCGUCAAGAAGAGGAGCAGCGCCCUGCAGCAGCUGCCCAGCGACAAGAGCAAGGCCUUUGAUUUCCUCAAUGAGGAAGCUGCGGCUGAUAGCACGGUAUCCAGGCGAGAACAGAAGAGGGCACAGUACGAGCAGGUCAAAGCCCACGUCCAGAAGGAGGACGGCAGAGUGCAAGCAUACGGCUGGAGUCUGCCUAAGAAGUACAAAGCUAAUGGUGGUCAGGCAGAAGGUAAGCUGAAGAAUCUACCAGUUCCCGUCUUCCUGAGACCACUGGACGAGAAAGAUGCUUCUAUGAAGCUGUGGUGUGCUGCCGGCGUGAACCUGUCCGGAGGUAAAACCAGAGACGGAGGUUCCAUCGUGGGAGCCAGUGUGUUUUACAGUGACGUGUCUGGACCAGAGAGCCCUAGAAAGAAAAUAGGAUCUCAGAGCAGCCUGGAUAAACUGGAUCAAGAACUCAAGGACCAGCAGAAGGAGCUGCGGCAGCAGGAAGAGAUGUCGUCGUUGGUGUGGAUUUGCACCAGCACCGAGUCCACCACUAAAGCUGUGGUCAUUGAUGCCAACCAGCCUGGAAACAUACUGGAGGGCUUCUUUGUUUGUAACUCCCACGUCCUCUGCAUCGCCAGCGUACCAGGUGCCAGAGAGACAGACUAUCCAGCUGGUGAAGAAGUGUCUCUGAACUCCGAGGCGGGACCCGUUGGAGACGGCAGCUCGUCAGCCACCAACAGCAGCUCAGCAGGCGGCGACAGCGUGCUGGGAGGCAUCACCGUGGUGGGCUGUGCAGCUGAAGGAGCAGCAGCUAUUCCUCAGACAGCAGACAGUUCAGGAGACACAGACGGAGAAGCGGAAUCCAGAGCAGCAGAGGAAGCCACAGAGGCCACGGAGGCCAGCGCAGGGCCCGCUGACCAGAGAGAGAGCCUGAGGGGAGUCUACACCGAACACGUCUUCACCGAUCCACUGGGAGCUCAGCAGACAGCAGAGACUCCAGCCAGCUACUCUCAGAGGGAGAGUGAUCUGGUGAAGGACGGCGUGAGUUCGAACCCCGCUGCAGAGGAGCAGGACCUGAUGAGAGAGGAAGCUCAGAAGAUGAGCAGCGUCCUGCCUACUAUGUGGCUGGGAGCACAGAAUGGAUACGUGUACGUCCACUCGUCUGUGGCUCAGUGGAAGAAGUGUCUCCAUUCUAUAAAGCUGAAGGACUCCGUGCUCGGCAUAGUUCAUGUGAAAGGGCGCGUACUGGUCGGUCUCUCUGAUGGCACAUUAGCCAUUUUCCACCGAGGAGCAGAUGGACAGUGGGAUCUGACCAACUACCAUCUGUUGGACUUGGGGAGACCUCACCACUCUAUCCGCUGCAUGACUGUGGUGCACGACAAGGUGUGGUGCGGCUACAGGAACAAGAUUUAUGUGGUGCAGCCCAAAGCCAUGAAGAUAGAGAAGUCAUUUGACGCCCACCCUCGUAAGGAUAGCCAGGUGCGUCAGCUGGCCUGGGACGGUGACGGUAUCUGGGUGUCCAUCAGGCUGGACUCUACUCUCAGGCUGUUCCACGCUCACACCUUCCAACACCUCCAGGACGUCGACAUCGAGCCCUACGUCAGCAAGAUGCUGGGUACGGGGAAACUGGGCUUCUCCUUUGUGAGGAUCACAGCUCUCAUGGUGUCAUGUAAUCGUCUGUGGAUCGGCACCGGCAAUGGAGUCAUCAUCUCCAUCCCUCUGACAGAGUCAGCCAACAAGGUACCCAAAGCAGCAGGUAACCAACCAGGAAGUGUGGUUCGUGUCUACGGAGACGACAGCGGUGACAAAGUGACAGCCGGGACGUUUGUUCCCUACUGCUCCAUGGCUCACGCUCAGCUCUGUUUCCAUGGACACAGGGAUGCUGUCAAAUUCUUCACCGCCGUCCCAGGUCACUCAGUUCCUUCUGCGGCGGGUGCAGGAGAGGCAGCGGGCGAGAAGGCGGCAGACGCCACAUCUCAGGAAGGAAGCAAGUCCAUGUUGGUGAUGAGCGGAGGAGAAGGCUACAUCGACUUCAGGAUGGGUGACGAGGACGGCGAGGCGGAGGAGGGCGAGGAACCCUCCAUGAAACUGCAGACGCCCCUGGCUAAAGCCGAGCGCAGCCACCUCAUCGUCUGGCAGGUCCUGGCCAACGAGGACUGAACUCUGACCUCUGACCCCCCCCCUCCCGAGGCCUGAUUUGCCUUCCUCUCAAACCCGCCGGCCUGCAGGAGGAGUUCAGGAGGACGACUCCCCUCAGCAGGCGCGAGUUUAAUCAGCACUUUCUGUUUUUUUUUUUUUCUUCCUCAAAGCUGAACAAUAAGAAUGAAACAAGCAGAAGCUGCUCCCUGCAGGGAGAAGGAGCAGCACAAACACACAACUGCAUGUUUAUUGUUUUAUUACUCGUUCUUUUCCUAUUUUUUGUUUUAUUGUUUUUCAUGUUUAUUUUAAGGAUUUUGAAUUCCAAUCAGUUAUAAUGCCUCUUGCUCUUCUUUUAAUAUUAUUUGAGUACAAAACCUUUUACUUUUUCGUUUGUUUAAUUUGCAUUUGCAUCCUGACAAUUGGAGGCUCCCUCCCUACAGUCCAGCCACCGUCUCCUGACGCUGGACUGAGAGCAUAAAUCAGUCGUUUGAAAGACAAAUGAUUGGUUGAAUGCAAGCCAUAUCACCUGUGUGUUCCCCCCAGUUACCCUUAAAUAACAUAACAUUCGGGCAAUAAUGCACAGGAGCCGAUCUGAAGAGGUUUGUGAUGACAGAUCCUGUUUCAUGUUGAUUUUUAAUUUUUUUUUUUUUUUUUUUCAUCUGAGAACUUGGCUUCUGAUUGUAUGCAAGACAAGAAAUUGAAUCGAUGUCAGACGUCUCUGGGUCAGGGUUUAUUCAAGGCAAAUGCAAUACAUCACAGAUUCAUCUGUCAUGUGUGUUAGAGCAGAGGAUGGCCCUGAGUUAACAAAAUAUUCAACACAGAAUAAAGCUAGCCCCAGUUUGUGACUCUCAUGUGUUACAAUUACAUUCAAAUCACAGAGCUACGCAUUUCUGGAAAAUAAAUAACUGCUGAUGUUUGCUUAAUAACACUAAUCACUGUGUUGAAGAUAUUUUCAUAAUCCUGAAAGACUCUUCUAACCAUCUGGAUGAAGAAAUAGUCGAUUAAAUAGAUAAAAAGAUUGCAUCUCCAUUUCCUGAUCUUAACAAAGAUGUUAGCCGUAAAUGACACAUCAUCUUUCUGAAUUUGCACAACCAGACCCUGAACCAAAAUAGGAGAAAAUAUUUAAUAUUUUUACACAAAAAUGACAUGUUAAUAUUUGCUUGUUUAAAAAAAAAAAAGAGUAAGGAUGUGAUACUAUGUGAUUUCUGGCUACCUGGAUUAAGAAAUACAUUUAAAAUUGGAAAAACAGACUAAAAAUCUUUUCUUUUUUUAUAUCUUUUCAUUCAGAUGGUUAAAACAGUUCUUUGAGGAUUCUGAAAAUACCUUCAGUGUUUUUCAAAGAUGGCAGGUAUUCAUUUUUCAGACAAUCUGAUGCUUGGCACUGUGACAAACUGGGGCUGUAUUAAAGGUAGCAGUUACCUUCUUGAACUCAGCGACACUUCCAUUGACAAAAUUAUGAAAUGAGAAUGUAUCCACCACUACAUACUGUAAAUCCUUUAAGUUUGGUUGCAAUGCUGACACAUUCAUAGACCGUGUAUUUAAUCCAACGUCUCUCAGUCUCCACCAGCUCCAGCUAGUAGACACUUCAGAAAUAUUGAUAUGAAUAUUGACAGCUGCCUUAGGUAUCACGGUUUGAAAAGGACUUAAAGGCUUUUCAAGUGUGACAAAGUAUUUAUUUUUUCUUGAAAGAAUGUUAACGUUUGCUACCAAAGGUUAAAAGAUUUUAAAGACGGAUAGUUGGCCGCAUGCUGAAACAUUACGUGUGUCAUCUGAACGCGGCACCUUUCAGCAGCGUGUUUGCCUCCAUAUAGAUAACAUGCGAGCUUUUUGUAACAGAACUCCUGGAGUGUAGAUAAGAUAUAUUUUUAGACUUUUGAUGCUGAAUAUUUUCCGGGUGUGAGAGAAGAGAACACGCGUGACCUGCUACUUACGAGAGGUUUAAAACAAGCGGCCGCACCGACGAUUACGUAACCCCCCCCCACCCCACCCAGUCUCUAAUCCUUAUCUUGACAUUUCGAGGUCCGAACUCGAACAUUCACACCACCGCUCUGCCCCCCCGUUUUCUACAAGACGAUGUUGAUUAUCUGACGUUCUCAGCAAUAUCCCCUCCUGAUUGCAAAACAUCUUUCAGAAAAAAUGUUUUAAAUCUAUUUUUAUGACCUUUUUUGGGUUUUUUUUUUAAUGUCUGUCUUUUAGACUGAUGGCAGCCAAACAUCUAGUACACAAGAUAUGUAAUAUGAGAUACAGUAUAUCUCUGGCCUCUGUGUACCAGUAGACUGCACUGGUAUGUUUUGUGUUCUGUGCUCUUUGUAUCAGACGAGGCUCGUCCUCAUCAUGAGAGUGUGUGUGUGUGUGUGUGUGUGUGUGUGUGUGUCUUCUCUCCAAGAGAGGAGAGAAAUGUUAUUGCAGUUUAGCCAUUUCAGUAUUUAUUUCAAUGAUUGAGCCUUUGCAAUUCAGAAUGUAUCUUUGUACAUUGAAUAUGAAUAUAUAUGAUUAUAUAUGUAUGAAACAUGAAAAUGGCUUGGGUUUAUUGUUGCUAUUGCAAUGAUAUGAAUUUCUUUUGUAGGGGGUGACUUUACUCAGCUAUGCACUAUGUCUCUGGAGGGAGAGGAGAGCGAGCGAGGCCUUUUUUUUUUUUUUUUUUUUUUUUUUUAAAAAGUCGAGACACUGACACAAUCAGUUUUCAUCUCCACUGCAGGGGGAGGGAGGGGGAGUUUUAAAGUGAACUUCAUCCCACCACAGCACGAUACAGGAAACUUUUCUCUGGAAGUCUCGCCCUCCUCCACAGGUCUGUGUCAUCGCUCUCAUCUGCAUAAUGCUUGUCAUUAGCUUGGCAGGGACUCCCUCUGCUCCAAGUCAGCAGUACACACACACCAUCUUGUACUCCUACAGCGUCUCUAGCCUUACUUAUUUUUAACAAUCAAUUAAAGCAGAUUUUGUGGGCAACAA